UUUCUUUUCCUUUCCCUUUUUUAAGAACAGUAGUAAGUAGUAACUAUACAGAAUAUUUAAGUAAACAACAGAAGAAGCCGAAGCCCGAGUUGAUUACUGAUCUUCCGCAAUCAUCCACCAUUUUUUCUCAUCCCCCACUGCUUCUCUCUGAUUUAUUCCUUUUCAUUCCUCUCUCCGGGAAAUACUCUCCCUCUGAUUAUAGUUAUUAUUGAAAUUGGGAUAUAAUUAAGAUCGAUCAAUUAUCGGAAUCGAGGCGAACGGCAAGAAUAUGGUUGAAACCAGGAGAAGCUCUUCUACUUCCAAACGCCCUCUUCCUUCUCCUUCCUCUCCUCUCCCUAAAGGCAAAAGAUCCAAGGCCGGGGAGGCAUCCUCGUCGACUAAUGAUUCUUCCGGGGAGGUGGGCAUAGACGCCGCAAAGGAAAGCGGAAGGGAAUCACGAGAGCAGGAGGUUCGGUCAGCUGAUCUGACGGAUGCUGACAAUUUGAAGCUGUCGGACGGGGAGGUGCCUGAAAAAUUGCCCGAGGGCCGACUUGAAAGUGAGCCUUUAGUGUCGCCCAUGACUUUAGGUGAUUCAGUGAUUGAUUUGGAGAAAACGAAAUCUAUUGGCAAGGUGUUAAAUCGGGGCAAGAAGCGGCAAAUGAAAUCUAAGGCGGCGGCUGCCUGGGGAAAGCUUCUCUCCCAAUUCUCUCAGAAUCGUCAUGUUGUUAUCAGUAAUUCUACUUUCACUGUUGGGCAAGAUCGCCAAUCUGACUUGUGGGUUGGAGAUCCAUCUGUUAGUAAAUCUCUAUGUCGCUUGAGGCACAUAUCGACGGAGAGAGGAUGUCCGGUCACUUUACUUGAGAUUACUGGGAAAAAAGGUUCUGUCCAGGUUAAUGGCAAGAUAUACCCGAAGAAUUCUACUGUGCCUCUAAGUGGAGGUGAUGAGGUUGUGUUUAGCUCAUCUGGUAAACAUGCAUACGUAUCCUUACACUAGCAUUCCUCAUUUAUGUGUAUU